UACACGUUUAUUUUGUAUCACGAUUACAUUAAAAAAUAUUCGAAAUAUUUUGGCUCAUUAAAAAUAUUAUUGUAGCUGUUAUAUAUAUACACAUAUAUAUAUUUAUUUAUUUAUUUAUUUAUAGUUGUAAGAACAAGAGCAGAUAGUUGUAAGAACACGCACUCAUAGUUGUAAAAACAUUUCUACACAAGUACUACGCCACAACACGACGCGUCAUAAUUUCUUGCUUUUUUUUCUUUCAACUUUUUUAUUUCUAACUUAAAGAAAAUGCAAACUUUGCCCGAAUUUUGCUACUUAAAAUGCCUUAGCGAUAAAGUAAAUGUUACUAAAAUUAUUAACCGAAAUAUAACAAAACUAAAGCUAGAUGGAUUUAUCGAAUUGGAUCGUGAGAUAGAGGAUUUUACGAAAUUAAGAAAUUCAAUUGUUAAUGAACAAUAUAAAGGGUUGACAGAAAAAUUAUUUCAAGCACACAAAGAAUAUUUAUUUUAUUUUGAUACUUUUUUAAAAAAAAAAACUAUUAAAAGAUGAAAAUAAAGUAUUAUAUACUAAUGAUUGUUUUGAUAGAACAAAAAAGGUUGAAUACAAUUUUGAAAACGAAAUAGUUAUUGUUAUAUAUAAUAUAGGUUUUAUUACUACAGCUAUAUUAAAAUCUAAAAAAAAAGACAAGGAUGUAAAAUUAUUAAAUAAAUUGUCACAAGAAGCAAUAAAUAUUUUUAAUUACUUAUUCCAAAGUAUUAUUAAUGAAACUUACAAUGACUUAAGUGACAUAAAUUGUUUAAGUUGUUAUGUAUUUUUAAAUUUAUCAUUAGCUUAUCAUGAACAUUUAUUUUAUAAUACAGCUUUGGCAAAAAAAUAUAAAAGAAAUUUAUUAGCAAAAAUAUCAUAUAAUAUAUAUAGUUAUUUUAAUAAUAUGUUAAAUUGUUUAGAUGGUAAAAAAUUAGAUGUAUUUACAAAAAUGGAUGCAUUUGUUAAUGCAAAAAAUAAUCUUAUAUUAACUCUUCGAAAUAGUAAUAGUCUUCUUUAUAACUUUAUAUAUGUAAAUAAAUUAAUUUUUUUAAGUAUUACCAAUUAUCAAACAACUUUAAAAUACUGUCAAUUAAACCCAAAUAGUGAAGAAGUAGUAAUACAAAAAUAUGAAGAAGAAAAAAUAGGAGAAAUUAUAUCUAGAUUACAAUUUAGUACAGAAAAUAUAAAGAAAGCAGAAGAUUUAAGUAAAAAAUAUAAUUUACAUAUUAAUGCUGAAAUGUUGAAACAAAAAAUAAACAAUGCUUUAGUUUUUUUUGAAAAAGAUAAUAAAAAUAUAUAUUUUGAGUCAAUACCAGAAUAUAGUACCUUAGACAGUUUAAAAGGAACAGAAAUUGUAAAAAUACCAGAUCCUAAUAUAUCAACUAUUUAUUUGAAAAAAGAAAUCAGUAAUAAUUUAAAAUUAUUAUUUAAUGAAAAAGCAAAAAAUAUAUUUGACGAAUAUAAUACAGAGGCUUGUAAAGUACAUGAUUUAUAUGAAAAACAUCUUAGCAGUUUAAAAGAUCAAUAUAAAUUAAUUAAUUUAUCUUAUCGAAAAAAUAUAUUUACAAUUCUUAAUAAUGUACUUUUAAAUAUAUAUAAUACAUUAAAACAAUCAUAUAAUCCUACUAUAUAUGAUAAAAAUUUACAUUUUUUAAUGGAUGUUGAAAAAAAUUUAAAUUUAACACUAAACCAAAUCGAAACAAGUUUAAACACAGAAAAUUCUAAUCACUUGAAUUUCCAAAAAAUGUAUACCAAUAUAGGCGUUAACCAAGACUCGUUAAAUUCUUAUAAAAAAUAUGUUUACCAUUUAAAUAACUUUAAAAAAAUAUUAACCGAAAUAACAACUAAUAUAGUUGAAUUUAAAAGUUUUCUUGAAAAUAAUUAUUAUUAUUUACAACUAUGUGAAAUGAAUGUUUCUAAUUUUUUUAAACAUAUGAUAGACGAACUUAACUCCAAUUCAAAUACAUGUGUUGAAUCCUUUGAUAGCGAUUAUACAUUUUAUAAGAACUUAUUAUCAGAAGAAAAAGAAAAAGAAAACGAAGAAGAAACAAAAGAAGAAACAAAAAAAAUGAAAAAUAAUACAUCAUCAACAACAACAGCAGCAGAAGCAACAACAACAGCAGCAGCAACAACAUAUAUGAACGAACAAAAAGUAAUACUACCAGCUUCACCACCACCAUCACUUACCAAUAAUAUUCCUAAAUUAACAUAUUCUAACUUUCACAAAUUUUUAAAAAAAAACAAUAUAUCAGUUACUGCGUCAAGUAGUAUUAAUAAUAGUAGUAAUAUAAAAUAUUUUGAAAUUUUAAAAAAUUAUAUAAAUAUACAUUCAGAAGAAAAAUUAUAUUUUACAAUAAAUGCUAUUUACUUUUCUAUGAAUAUCCAAUUAGAACAAUUUUCAAACGACCUUGCAGAGAUUAAAGGAUAUAUGCAAAAUUCAUUUUUAAAUUUAAUAACGGAAGAGGAAGAUGGUGAAAGGUUAAACACAUUAUAUGAAAAACAAAAGGAAAUGUUAGAUUUAAAAAAAAAAAAAUUAGAAGAAAAUGUAUCUGCUUUUGAAAGUAAUCUGCACAAAAUUUAUGAAUACUAUCAUGAAUACAAUAAGCUAGAUCAAUUCGAAUCAUUCGAU